UCUCAUUUUUGUUUUUUGUUUUAAUUUUUUUCCUGCAUCGUCAUCUUCUCUUUGUGUUUCAGCGAAGGAUCUCCACUGUGCUCUAUUUCCUUCCACGUUAAUCAGAGUUUGAAAUGAUCAAUGGACGAGAGAGGAGUGACGAAGUUACCUCUCCGGAUCCGUUAGAUUCGUUCCCUCCGUUGCGGGUUCGUCAAUCGGACGGCGACGACGACUCCGAAUUCGAGCGAUAUUGCAGCGCCAACUCGGUGAUGGGGACCCCAAACACCAGCAUGAGCAUGUGCAGCGCCAUAACCGUUUUCCACGAUUUCUCCGAAACCGAUUUCGGUUCCGUUUCCGUUAGGUCUUUUGAAGACUUCGAUAACCGCUUGGACGAUUUCGGUUUACGAAAUCGGCGGAACUUGAGCUACGGUUCCAGUGGAUUGGAGUUGUACGGUGAUUGCAGUGACGAACUCGCCAUGACUGUGCUUGAUUCGUCGGAGCUAAUCGGGAAUGGGAAUCGCGAGGUUGCGGAAAGAGAGAUGGAGAGGGAAGAAGAAGAAGAAGAAGAAGAAGAAGAAGGUGACUCUUCUGAGGGUGAGCAUUCGACGUACAACUAUGACAGUGGAAAUGAGUCCUAUUUAUCAAGGAGUGUGCGUUAUCAUCAUCAGGAACCAGAGGUGCGAAACGAGAUUCCCUUGUUAAUGAACUCUUCUGUGGCCUUUGGUUCGCAAGAUUUGGAUGAUUUUUUGCUGCAAAACGGUCCCGUUUCUCUCGUGUCUGAUAUAUUUCACAAUCAGCAAGAAAAGAGUUCUCAAGUUGAAGAGGAUCCAGUAACUUUUGGUCGAAAAGAGGAAGGAAUAGAUAAGAAGGAAAUGGUCACAGCCAAUGAAGAAGUUGAAGAAACAAAAGAUAUUGGUGAUCCAGAAGCUAUACAAGAGGCUGAUUUGUUGACUAACGUAACAGAAAGUUCUACUCAGGCCUCAAUUGAUUGUCCUAACAGUGUCAAACCACAGGUUCAAGGUACCGAGGAAUUAGUUACCUGUCUCGAAACUUCCAUAUCUGGGGUACAUGAAGUAGAUUUGGAUCCGUUGGCAGAAGAAGCUCCUCAGCAUAUGGGUUUGAAUGUUACUGAUGGUGGAAGCAUGGAAAAUAGGAAUCAAUAUAACAGUGAAGAAGCUCCUGCUACUAGUGAUGCUCAACAUGUAAACCCGGAGCUAGAUGAUUCUAAUUUUGAGUUUGAUCACUUUUGUGAUAACAGAGUUGAUCAAAAUUCUUCCAAUCCUUCAAACCAUCUAGCGAAUACAAAUGUAAAACCAUUUGAGAACCAUGAAGAAAUUGUACCGCUUUCAAAUUGUGGAAUGAGGAAAACGUUAGGGAGCUCUUCCACUUCAACGAAUCUCUUGGAACAAAAUCCUGUUACAUCUAAGAUGGAGGACUUUGAGCUAAAUGAAUUCUAUGACGAGGUUGUUCAGGAAAUGGAAGAAAUUUUACUGGACUCUAUGGAUUCUCUUGGGGCUAGGCUUGCCAUGGGUAACAGAUUGCUUGAACCGCAAUUGUCUAUGCCUUUAAGAGAUGGUGGGUUGACUGCUUCUACUUCUAGUACAGAUGAUACUUACCUGCUAGUUCAGCGCCCAACAAGAGUUGAUAGGAUUGAAGUGGUAGGCGCAAGGCAGAAGAAAGGGGAUGUUUCUUUCAGUGAAAGAUUGGUUGGGGUGAAGGAAUACACUGUGUAUAAAAUAAAAGUGUGGAGCGGCAAGGAUCAGUGGGAGGUUGAAAGGCGAUAUCGUGAUUUCCUCACUCUCUAUCGUUGCAUGAAAACUUUAUUCAAUGAGCAAGGCUGGAUUUUACCUUUGCCUUGGUCUUCUGUUGAAAAGGAAUCCAAGAUAUUUAGAAGUGCAUCUCUUGAUAUUAUUGUGAAGAGAAGUGUUCUCAUUCAAGAGUGUUUACAGUCUAUUCUCUCUACUAGGCUCUUUUCAAGUCCUCCAAGAGCAUUGAUUUGGUUUUUGUUCCCUCAAGAUUCAUAUCCUAUUUCACCGGUGUCAAAUGCAAUAGUGUCUCAGUCUUCUUUUACAAGAGGGGGAAACAUUCGAAACUUUUCCACUUUAGGGAAGACCAUAUCACUUAUAGUUGAAAUUCCGCCUAACAAAUCUAUGAAACAGUUGUUAGAAGCACAACAUCAUACCUGUGCUGGAUGCCAUAAGCAUUUUGAUGAUGGAAAAACUUUGAUUUGGGAUUUUGUACAGACAUUUGGAUGGGGGAAGCAUCGACUUUGUGAAUAUACUGGUCAACUGUUCUGCUCUUCUUGCCAUACAAAUGAGACUGCAGUCUUGCCAGCAAGGGUUUUGCAUAAUUGGGAUUUCACUCAUUAUCCUGUUUCUCAGCUGGCAAAGUCUUAUCUGGAUUCUAUACAUGAACAACCCAUGCUUUGUGUUACUGCAGUUAAUCCCUUCCUUUUAUCAAAGGUCCCAGCCUUGCUUCAUGUUAUGAGUGUCAGAAAAAAGAUAGGAACAAUGCUUCAAUAUGUUCGCUGCCCGUUUCGGAGGUCUCUCAACAGAGGACUUGGAAACCGGAGAUAUCUUCUUGAAAGCAAUGACUUUUUUGCUCUUAGGGACUUGAUUGAUCUUUCCAAGGGAGUCUUUGCCGCACUUCCUGUGAUGGUGGAGACUGUGUCAAGGAAAAUCUUGGAACACAUUACUGAUCAAUGCCUCAUAUGUUGUGAUGUGGGACUCCCCUGCAGUGCCCGACAAGAUUGUAGUGACCCAUCUUCUCUCAUUUUCCCAUUUCAGGAAGACGAUAUUGAAAGGUGCAAAGCUUGUCAGUUGGUUUUCCAUAAGCGUUGCUUCAGAAAGGUUACAGAUUGUCCUUGUGGGGCACAACUUAGAUUGAAUGAGACUAGGAGCUUGACCAACAGAGCAAGCCAAAGGGGAGGUGGUGAAACAAGAGGAACUUUGGACUUGUUGGGCAAGGGACUGAGUUCUGGGUUGUCACCUAGGUUCCUCUCUGGAUUAUUUACGAAGGAAAAGCUUGAGAAGACUAGGGAGCAUAAAGACGAAAAUAUUAUCUUAAUGGGUUCGUUACCAAGCACUUCUUUAUGAUCAAAACCUGUACCUUAAUGUUGUAUGUCUAUAUCUUACGAUGAUCUGCUAUACCACACAUUCUAUUACAUCUUAGGAUGUCCAUUCAAUAAUCACAAUUGUCUAUGUGGUCAUUUUUGGGUUUCUCAUUCUUUGUAACAAAAUUCAUGUAUAGUAAUAGGUCUCUUUUCUUCAUUAUUAUUUUUUUAUCUACGUUAACCGGUUCUUGGAUUA